UUUUGGUAGAUCAAUGGGCCAUCACUGCUGCAGCAAACAAAAAGUUAAGAGAGGGCUGUGGUCUCCUGAAGAAGAUGAAAAACUCAUCAAACAUAUCACCAACCAUGGCCAUGGCUGCUGGAGUUCUGUCCCUAAACUUGCAGGGCUGCAAAGGUGCGGAAAGAGUUGCAGAUUGAGGUGGAUAAACUACUUGAGGCCCGAUCUGAGGCGUGGCUCGUUCACCGAGCAUGAAGAGAGGACAAUUAUUGAUGUUCAUCGGAUAUUGGGAAACCGAUGGGCACAGAUAGCGAAACAUUUACCGGGUAGAACUGAUAAUGAGGUCAAAAACUUUUGGAAUUCUUGCAUAAAGAAAAAACUUAUAGCUCAAGGUUUGGAUCCAAACACUCAUAACCUUCUUUCUCCACAUCAGAUCCCGAUUCUUAAUGCUAAUAAUAGUAAAAACAUCGAUUCCACGAAGCCGGUUUUCUCCAUUAUAAACAACUCAUCAACACAAACGAAAGAUGCAAAAAAGGUCCAACCUUUUCGACCUCAUUCGGAUGCUAAUGAUCUUGCAAUGAGUCAUAAUUUGUACGAAAGUUUGUUAACCCAUGGUAGUUCAAACCUUAAUUAUCAAGAUAACAUUCUUGGUUUGAAGAAUGAUGUUAGCUAUCAAUCUACUAUAGGGUUUUCAAGCCAACAUAUGGUUGAACUUGAAAGAGCCAAAAUGCCCAUCUUGUUGCCACUAUCUUCUUCUUCACAGCCGCUUGAUUUUGGGACCGCGGUGCAAUCUUGGGUUGCGAACAGCGAUCUUGGAGCGGCUUUUGAACCCGCAAGAAGACCGGAAGCAUAUGAACAAAUGUUGCAGCCACCGAUGGUGGGUCAGGAGUUUGUGAACAAGGGGUUGGAUUUGAGAGGUGGAGGUGUGGUCCAGAGUCAGACUAAUGUGGACAUGGGUUCAUUUGAUGGAUGUAACAUUGACUUAGAGUUCAUGGAAGCUGCACUAAUGCCCACAUUGUAUACUAAUGUGGGAUCUUUGGAUCAACUUGCAUGGGACUGUAACUAGUUUAAUUGGUUUAUUUUUUUUCUUCUAUAUUUUAGAGGCUAAAGCUAUAGUCUUUCAUGAUUGUGUUCCUGUUUAUAAAUUGUUUGCUAUAACUAGUUAUUAUUAGUCACAUGGUUUCACCACAGGUGAACAAUGACUUUGAAUUGUAUGUU